AUGCGCUCGUACAUCACAUCAUUAGCUAGUCAUAACGGUCCGGAUGAAAACGAUAUCGAUUUGCCGGAUAUUCACACGGGCUCCAACGCCGAUAAUGAAGAGCCGGAAACGUUGGACCUUAGUCAGCAGCCUGCAGCUGCUACUCCGCUAGACAAUCAACCGUUGGAGUACAAGAUUGAACAGGCGUGCCGAAAACGGUCUCGUAAUCCGGUUGACGGCAGUGGCUACUAUCACCAGGAUGAGCUAGACAAUUAUCGGAAGCGUCAGAAGCUCACAAUGCAGCAUUAUUACGAUGAAGCGUACGCAUCGGUUGAGAAGAAAAUGCGGAAUCCUUUUUUGGAUGACUCUCUAAUGAAGCCAAUUGACUCUUUUGAGAGUUACGCCCGAAGUUCUAUGAAUCCAAUUAACUACACACUGACGGCAGAAGCUAUCAAUAGGCGCAUUCGAAGCACUUUAGGACUGGAAGAUGACCCACAGGUAAGCUUCGACAGGCCCAGGCCUCCCUCCAAUGAUGAAUGCUGUACCGCAAACCCUGACUGGCUAAUGAGAAGAAAUACUUACGGCGAUAAUCCAUUUACAAUCACCUCUACACAGGUCGAUAUUAAACCUCCUACGUUCCCUCAUGAUGACAACAACAAUGUGGAUAAGAAACCAUUUCACUAGAAUUCAGAAAUUAACAGAGUAAGUUUUGGGACCUACUAUCUUCUCUUUGGCAUUCGAAAAUCCAUCAUGUCGGUAAAUGUUUGGAAACGUAAAUCAAAUUUUGCAUGAGGUUAUCAGAAAUUAAACGAAACAAAAUCAAAAAUUCUCUUAUCAUAACGAACAGGUAUUACAUCGACUAUGGGAAAGUCAUAAAAAAGAAGUGUAGAAUUAGAAGGUAAACCAGUGCCAAUAUAAAAUGUUAAGCGGUAACUAUCAGUUCAUUGAACAUAGGAGGGACGUACCCUUCGAAAUUGGGGUGGUUGGUGGUGAAAAUGAUAUAAAUUGAUUAGACUGAUUAGAUAAUGUGUAUGUGCAUCCAGUCGGUAGAAAUGAAUAAAAUUCUUUUUAUGGAAUGAAGCUCUAUUAUGGUAUUUAUAGUUUUGCAUUGCUAACCAAAGCACGAAUUUCUGAAACCCAUGGAUAUUGGACUUGUAUGAACGUUGAUUAGACGAAUAAAACUGUUCUUAUGGAAUUCUGAUAAAAUUUGUCGCAUUGA